GCUGCACUUAGCAUUUUAAUGUUGGCAACGGAAGAGUGUUGCAUUUUAUUAGCUUCACUUCAAAGAGGAAGGGAGACUUUUGUAAAAGGCUCUCUGAAAGUUGCUUGAAUACGGGCUAGCUUCAAAGGGAAAAUAAUGGCUCAAUGCUGUCAAAUUUCUCUGGAUUCUUUCGUUCUCCUGUUUCUAAUCAUUACCACGUGGUCUAUAAUGUUCAGUACUCCUGUGCAAGGUGGUGGAGAUGACUGCUUUCUUAGGCCUGUCAUUCAUGUUCUUCAACAGCCAGGUUGCGUUCCAAAGCCCAUACCCUCAUUCGCCUGCCAGGGAAGUUGUGCCUCUUACGUACAGGUUUCUGGGUCCAAGUUCUGGCAAGUAGAACGUUCCUGCAUGUGCUGUCAGGAGAUGGGGGAAAGAGAGGCUAGCAUUGGUAUAUUCUGUCCGAAGUCAACUCCUCGAUUUAGGAAAAUUGUUACUCGAGCUCCUGUGGAGUGUAUGUGUCGCCCUUGCACCGCUGUUGACGAAUCCGCCAUCAAACCUCAAGAAGUUGCCCUGAUGGUUGCAGCCGGUGACUCUGAAUUCAUGAGUGAUAUGCCUGUAAUGGAGAACUUCCAUUUCUUAAAUGAACUGUCUCAAGCAAAGGAGAUUCCUGUUGUUUAAUAUUUUUGCUAAAUGCAGAGCAUGAUGCCAAAUACUAUAUGCAACUCCACUGCACGUUAUAAUCAGUUGUGGUGCUUGUAUUUCGAGUCUUCUGAGCAUUAUAUCCAAGUCCAUUUACUGUUUGAUAUGCGUAUGCAAUGCAUGAGCAUAUGUGUAAUAUACGUAUUUUAUUGUUUAACAUGCCCAUUGCAAAACUGUAAGUUUAAAAUAUGUUUGAGCAGAUUCCGUAAUACAGUUGAGGUUUGAAAUAUAGUAUACAUUGCAAAAUCACUCUAAAAUUCAAAGUAAACAUUCGAGAAAUUGCGAUUUUUAACACUGCAUAUGAUUCAAAAUUAUUUACGGUAAUUUUUCGUAAACGUUUCACAACGUAAAAAUAGGAAACGUUAUAUGUAUGAAAUAAUGUACCAGAGCAAAGCCAUAGUAAAGAAAGAACUAUAUAAGCUAGAAUAAAACUUAGUUAAAUUUUGUUCAUUUCAUUUCUAUUAUUUAUGUAAUACUUACUGGGCGACCUUAAGAAUACAUUCAGAAACAAAACAAAUAUAUUUUUCCGUACAUGUACAGGAAUUGCACCGCAAUGUCUGUAUAUCUCCUAAUUCUUAAUAUGAGAUUUAGGUAAUUAAAAACUGGUAUAUAUAUAUAUAUAUUUUAGAAAAUUUAUUAAAGCAAAUUAAAGAAUAGAAAUAAUAGGAUAAAGGAAUAAUUGUCAUAUAGAUAGAUACCUUAUGUAUUAGACUAAGUUCCUCAUUGAAAUUCUCUUUUCCAAUAAAAAUACCUUCUUCUACAAAAUAUCUUCUAGUAUCUCUAAAUAUAUUUCAAUAAAAAUGUCUUCCAAUAAAUAUCUAUCCAAUAAAUAUCCUUCCUAUAAAAAUCGGCCAAUAAAAAUAUUUUCUAAUAAAUAUCUAUCCAAUAAUAUCUUUCCAAUAAAUAUCUUCCAAUAAAUAAUAGUCCAGACAUAAUGCGUACAUAUUAUCUAAUAACAAAUGCUAUGCUACGAAUCUUAGAUUAUAUGUAUUUUAUAUGAUAUAUCACAAAAUUUUAUCAAAUUAAUUUUCAAAUAUUUCAAAAAUAUUACCAAAAAAUUAUAAAAUUUUAUCAAAUUAAUUCUUCAGCCUCAAAAUAUUACAAAAUUUUAUCAAAUUAAUUCUUCAGCAGAACUUAAACUUUUAUCAAAUUAGUAUGUAAAUUAGUAGAUCAUUAACUAAAAAAUCAAGAAAAUUAAAAUGAAGACAGUUCUCUAUAAAACAUUAUUCCAUUGUGUGUAAAGUCCCCCAAAACUUUUAAAAAUAUUGCUUUCUUUUUAAACUCAUAGCACUAGUUUCACACUGCAAUUAUUAUAUCUGAGAUUUAUUAAAUAAAAAUUUGAAUUAAUGCAUUCAGAAGGAAAUACGUACAUAAUAAUAGUUACAUAGGAUUUAAAGUUUUGUGAACACAGAAUAAUGCAUCUUGACCGCACUUUUUGCACCAAUUUUUUUUCAUAUUUUAACACGAAAUCUGAAUUAAGAUAAAUGCUAUAAUAUAACGAUAUAAGAUUAUGAUAUAAGAAUUUCUUAAAAUAAUAUUCUUUAAAUACGUGUUUUUGUGACUCCUUAGUCAAUGUGCAAGUAAAAUAUAUGUAAUCUAUUUGUAAAGGAUCAAAAUUCAAGUGUUCUUUUUAUAUUAGCAGUGCACUAUUAGUAAUUCCUUUUCUUUAGAAAUUCAGAAAUUAUAAUUUGUAAAAUAUUGUUCAGCUGACUAUCGAUAUAAGAACUAUAAAUUGCUAAAACUUUUUAAUCGUUCUUUGAUUAUAAUACUUGAGACAAAAGAAUUCUUUUGUUAACAUUUUCUCAAUAAAAAGAAUUUUUUAUGUUUCAAUAAAAAAUUAUUUCUUAUUUCUAACAAGAAAAGGUUCAUCUACUGAUGAGUCAGCAUUAUUUCUUAUCAUUUGAAACGCAUCUCAUUAAAUCGGCCAACUGGAAUCAAAGUGAUUAUCAAAGUGAUUCCCUUAAAAUAUUUAUGUGUAAUCUGUACUUGUUAUAUGAGUUAUGUAAACAUAUGUUUAGUGGUUUAAUGUAAUAACAUCUAUUUCACAGUUUAGUUAUACGUAAUGGGCAUAUAAUGUUGUGUUGAAUGUUGAAUAAAUUUCUCUUUAUUAUCAGCUUUAAUUGAAAAUGUUUACUAGUAUUAUUGGAGUGACUUAUUCUUAAAAUAACAGCAGCUCAUCAUAAAAUAUUUCUCAGAAAUAUAUUAACUGACACAGAAUCUGCUUUUGAAAUAAUGUAUUAAGUAAAACUGUUUUCUUUUUGUUAUAAAUAUGCUAUGUGUA